AUGAAGUUAGUUUGGUUAUCGAUUGUGUUCAUCCAAUUGGUGCAGGCCGCUAACAAUUACGGUUUUGACCAAUGGAGCAACAAUGACCUAAAACAAUUUUUAAACGAUUACAAGAUCAAGCAAGACCCUUCAUGGGACAACUCAAAGUUGAUUGAAGUUGCCACCAACGAAGCUAAGAAAUUGGAGAAUGGCUACAAGAAAUUAAAGACUGAGUUGGACAAACAAUUGCAGCCAAAAAAGAACAAUUUGGAGGACUACUUGAGUUUCAGCUUUUUGUUUGGACUGAAUGAAAAGAAACGUUCCCCAAUUCAGGACUGGUUCUUUGAAAGCUGGAACUUGGACUCAUUGAGAAAGUAUUUGAAACAUAAUGGUAUCAAGUACAGCGACACUGACAACAAGAGUGAUUUGCUAAAGAGUGUCAAGUCUUCAUUUGACAAAAUUGCCAAGAAGAACAAAGGCUCGAAUUAUUACCCUGGAAGUUGGUUAUACGACUCAUGGUCAAAUGACGAUUUAACCAAAUGGUUGAAGAAAUAUGAUGUUCCAUUUAACAAAAAGUCGACUAGAGAGCAAUUGAUUGAUAAAGUAAAGGAAUACAACUACAAGGCAACAAAUGAGAUUGCAGACACCAAGGAUGCUUUAUUUGACUCAUUGGACCUUUUUGACAAGUCCAUCUUUGACCGUUCUGGCCAAAUCAAGAAUGAGUUUUUUGAAACCUGGUCAUACUCUCAAUUGCGCGAGUGGUUGUACUUGCAUGGCUUCCUUAACGAUGACCCAGAUACUUAUGUGGCUGAUUUAGACAAGGAAAAAUUGAUUGAUACUGCUCAAAAGUACAAAAAGUACCUUUUGGAAGACAUUCAGACUUGGUUGAAACACUCUGAAAGAAAGGUACAGCCAUGGUUGAACAAGGGUGGUGAAUCCUCUGACCCUUCAUCUCACGAAAACAAGCAUGCAAAGAAUUUGAUCAAUGAUACAUUCUUUGUUGGCAUUGACAAUUGGUCAAAGGACAAGUUGCGCGAGUUUUUGAAUGUGCGUAAAGUUCCAUACUCUAUUUUCACCACCAGAACUCAAUUGGUUGAGUUGGUUAAGGAGCACAGAGCAGAUCCAAUUCAUGUUGAGGCUGAAGCCUAUGUAAUUGAUCAAGAUUUUUCCACCAACUCGAUCAAACAAUGGUUAAUUGAGCAAGGGCAAAAUAUUGAUGGUUCAAGACAAGACUUGAUUUCUGCUUUCCAAGAGCAGUUCAAGAAGAUUGGUUCUGGUAGCAACAAUAUUGAUUCCCAAAUCAGAUUCUAUACUCCCGACUUGCAAGGCUACAAGAAUUACUUGGAAAAGAAUGUCCCAGAGUCAAAAAAGUAUUCAGAGAGUAGAAUUAAGCAAGCUUAUAAGUUGGUUGAGGAAUACUUUAACAAAGCCAGUGAGACUGCAAAAGAGGAAUUCCAAAAAGACAAGUACUCAGCCGAGGAGGCGUUGCAAGAAAUUCAAAAGGCGAGCUACGAAUAUGCUUCUGGCUUUUAUGAUGAAAUUGAUGAUGCUCAAAGUAACAUUUCUCACUUGAUUAUCGAUGCCAGAUUAGCAAGUACAAAUUAUGUCAAGUCUUUGGUUAACAAAUUGGUUAAGGACUGGAGAAAGUUUGAGACUACAUUAUUGGGAACUAAAAAGACGGCAGAGGGCUGGAUUGGUGAUGGUCAAAAACAAGCUGAAAAGGGAGGUCAAGCCGUGUUGAAAAAUGUUGAUGAUGCAAAGGAUAGUCUUGCACAAAAGUACGAAGGGCUUUCCAAGAAAGCACAAGCUUUAUACGAUGAAUACUUGAACAAUGCCGGUGAGUCUGUUGAUGAUUUGUCAACUGAAGCGGGCAAAAAGUACGAAGAAGCCGCUAAAGAGGCCAAUUACAAGUAUGAUCAAUAUGUGCAAUUGCUCAACUCGAAAUCUGACGAAGUUGCUGAAGCUGCAGGUAAGCAAUACGAAAAAGCUGUUUCCGAUGCCCAAAAGAAAUACGACGAGUAUUCUACUUUGUUUAACCAGAGAAUUGACGAAUUGACCAAUGAGGCUGGUAAACUGUAUGAAGCAGCAGCAGCAGAGGCUAGCAAGAAAUUCGAGGAGUACAACAAGUUGGCCCAGGACACUGCUGCUGAUGCAUACAAAGAAGCAGGUAAACAAUACGAAGCAGCAGCUGCAGAGGCUAACAAAAAGUAUAACGAGUACACUAAAUUGGCUGGUAAGAAGUACAACAAUUUGUCCAAGUCAGCCAGCAAGCAAUAUGCCGAAUAUUCGAAACUUGCUAAUAAGAAAGUUGAUCAGUUAUCGGAUGACGCCGCCAAGCUGUAUGAAGAAGCUGUUAAAUUGGCCAAUGAAAAGUAUGCUGAGUUUAGCAAAUUAGCUAGCCAAAAGUAUGAUGAAUGGUCUUCCGAUGCUACUUUGAAAGCCGACAAGUUAUAUAAGGAAGCAGGCAAGCAAUACGAGCUUGCUGCCAAGGAUGCUGCUAAGAAGUAUGAUGAGUAUUCUUCGGUUGCCGCAGCCUAUGCAGCAGAUUUGGGAGCCAAGGCAUCUAAAAAGUACAAUGAGUAUGCCAAAGAUGCUGGUAACAAAUUGGAUGAUUUAUCGCAAGAAGCACAGAAGCAAUACGAAAUUGCAGCUAUUGAGGCUGAGAAAAAGUACAAUGAGUACUCGAAGAUUGCUGGCGAAAAGUACGAAGAGUACAGUAAAGAAGCAGGUAAGAAAUAUGACGAACUUGCCAAGGAAGCUGCCAAGCAGUAUGAAGCGGCAAAGAAAGAUGCUGGAAUCAAAUGGGAUGAGUAUAGCAAGUUGGCUGGUGAGAAGGCUGUUGAAUACAAGGACAUUGCCGGACAAAAGGCCGUUGAAUACAAAGAUAUUGCUGGAGAGAAGGCUACUGAGUUGGGCAAAGAGGCUGGAAAAAAGAUUCAGGACUGGUCACAAACUGCUAGUGAAGAAGGCGGUAGAUUGUAUAGUGAUGCUGUUGAGCAAUCGCACAAGUCUUAUGUCAAGUACUCCCCCAAGGUUCAAGAUUGGUUCAAGAAUGUUUACAGAGAAUCACUUUACCGUUUGGGAUUGUUCAACGAAAAGGUUUAUGAGAAAGUCGAAGAUGUUGGAGAAUUAGCUGCUGAAAAAUGGGACAGUUUCCUCAAGACUUACUCCAAUGCAGACCUUAAAGCAUACUUGAGAUCAUUUGGCUAUAGCUAUUCCUGGUUGAGCGGAUUAAACAGAAAGGAAUUGUUGACAUUGGCCGAGGUUCAAGAGAAAUUGUUUACUGGUAAAAAGCACUUGAAAUGGGAAAGACCAAUUGGUGAAGUUUUGAAAGGUGCCGGUGAGGAUAUUGGUGAAGCAUUGGGCAUCAAGAAACAACCACAUGGUCUUGUUGAACAUGUAAAGUACUAUUUGGGAUUCAAUUAUUGA